AUGCUAAUAGUCACCGAGAGCUAUCCUCCAAGUACCCGCAUUGCCAGAAAAAAAGGACAGCCUAAGUGCUGUUUUGACUGUGUCCCAUGUUCUGAAGGAAAGUUCAGUAACACAACAGAUUCUGUGGAGUGCAUCAGUUGUCCAGAGGAUUUCUGGUCCAGCCCUCAGCGUGAUCACUGCAUUCCUAAAAUAACAGAGUUCCUGUCCUAUCACGAACCUCUGGGUAUCUGCUUGACAACUGCUUCAUUGCUGGGAACAUUUAUUUGUACUGUUGUUUUAGGGAUCUUCACCUGCCACCGCAGCACACCUGUGGUACGAGCCAAUAACUCAGAACUGAGCUUCCUGCUUUUAGUGUCACUCAAACUGUGUUUCCUGUGUUCACUGCUUUUCAUCGGACGACCCAGACUGUGGACAUGCCAACUGAGACAUGCAGCAUUCGGGAUCAGCUUUGUGCUUUGUGUGUCAUGCAUCCUGGUUAAAACCAUGGUGGUGUUGGCUGUUUUCAAAUCCUCCAAGCCAGGAGGUGGAGCCAAUCUCAAGUGGUUUGGUGCGAUGCAGCAGAGAGGAACAGUUUUUGUUCUUACUUCUAUUCAAGCAGCAAUCUGCACUGUAUGGAUUGUCACAGUCUCGCUAGUCCCCCAUAAAAACACACAAUACCACAAUAACAAGAUAAUUUAUGAGUGUGUUGUUGGGUCUACAGUAGGUUUCGCAUUGUUGCUGGGCUAUAUUGGCUUACUUGCUGUCAUCAGUUUCCUGCUUGCAUUUCUGGCAAUGAAUCUGCCAGAUAGUUUUAAUGAGGCUAAACUCAUCACAUUCAGCAUGCUGAUCUUCUGUGCUGUGUGGGUGGCCUUUCUUCUUGCUUAUAUUAACUCUCCAGGCAAAUAUGCAGAUGCAGUGGAGAUAUGCAUACUGUUCUCCAGUUUUGGUCUCUUGGUGGCACAGUUUGGAGCCAAAUGUUACAUAAUCUUGCUGAGACCAGAAAAAAACACAAAGAAAGCUAUCAUGGGCCACACUACCAACAAGACAUAA